AUGUGCAGUGUCUUCUGUGUUAACAACCAAAAUGGACAGAAGUCGGCCGCUGGACUCCGGAAUGAGAACGUAGAGGCAUCUUGUGCUCUUAGCAAGGAGCCCACACCACACAGAUGGGAAGGCGCUUUCGUCUACUUGUCUUUAGUAGGAAACGGUGCAGAUUCCCAAGGCUUGAUUGCAUCUUUAUGGAAAGAAUACGGCAAGGCUGAUGCAAGAUGGCUGUAUUUUGACCCAACCAUUGUGUCUUUGGAAAUUCUGACUGUUGUCUUGGAUGGGAUUCUGGCAUUGGUUCUCAUUUACGCCAUAGUCAAGGAGAAAUAUUACCGGCAUUUCAUACAGAUCACCUUGUGUGUGUGUGAACUCUACGGUGGCUGGAUGACCUUCUUCCCCGAGUGGCUUGUUGGAAGCCCCAACAUCAACACCGAGAGCUGGCUCUACUUUUGGGUCUACUUGCUGUUUUUUAAUGGCUUGUGGGUUCUGAUCCCUGGCCUGCUGCUGUGGCAGUCAUGGAUGGAGCUGAAGGAGACACAUUACCAAAGGGCCCACUUAGGGAAAAAGCACUUGUAAAUUCUCAAAACAUUCCAUGUGAAGUUCUGCUUUGUGAGUCAGAAUUGAUCAGAUAUUCCAAUAAAUACUUUGUUUUUCAGUGUUGUUCCAAACAGCCAUCACAGAUGGGUUGGAAGGUGGCAA